AUGAGGGAAGAGGAGGAGGAGAAUAAGGAAUCGACGUGUGGUCUUUUAUUGUCUCCUUCCUCUUUUCUACUCCCCCUCUCUGGCUAUAUUUCUGCCAUCCUCUUUAUUUCCCCUCCCCCUCGUUUUAUUUCCUCCCCCUUCUCUCUAUCUCGCUCGCUCUCCUUCGUUGUACACACUCUCAUCUGUAUCUUUUAUUUCUUCUUUUUUGCUGCUUUUGGCUCCCUGUUUCCCUUGAUGGCAGUUUACUUCCGACAGCUUGGGAUGAACCCAACCCAAGGCGGUAUUCUCAUCGGAUUUCGUCCCUUUGUAGAAUUCUGCAGUGCGCCCUUAUGGGGUGUUUUUGCUGACAAGUGGAAGAAAGGUAAACAACUUCUGCUCUUCUCCCUUUUUGGUUGGAUCGCCUUUACAUUAUCCUUGGCUUUCGUUCACCCACCAGCCCAUUCGUGCAUUUCUACAAACUCCACCCAUAUAUUCCUUUCCGAGCCUUACACAAGAAAGCGGAGGGACAUAGGCACUGGAGACGGGUGGAUACCACAGGAAAACCCGUUUCUUUAUAAAAGUCCUAACCUUCCGCAUUAUAAUAACGACAAGGUGGCGAAAAGCUUAGUCGAAAAUUAUGCAGCCCAGGAGCAGGCCAUUAACGACCUGCAUCAUCCGAACAGCCUGCACGGGUUGACAGAUUCGGAAAAGUUGACAGACAUUGAUGACUUGAUCGGUACGGUUGACGAUCUACCAGCCGCUCGCUCCAGGGUCAAACGCGUGAAGCCGAAACACGAGGGUUACGAGAUCGAUCACACGAAAAUCGCCAAUAAGAACAAAGACGAAGUAGCGGGUUUAGUCAGUCCUCGCUUUAGUACGAUUGUAUACCGCGAAGAUCAAGUCCGACAGGUGUUUUUCGUCUUGCUACUGUUAGUCAUCGUUGGUGAGUUCUUUAGCGCCCCAGCGAUCACCUUGGCUGAUUCGGUGACCCUUGCAUAUCUGGGGGACGACGUUGAGAAUUAUGGUAGACAGCGUAUGUUUGGCUCUCUUGGCUGGGGCAUUGCUAUGUUUCUGGUGGGCAUGGCUCUUGAUCACUCUACUACGUUCCCUAAUCACCCUUGUGGAACGCAAGAAUUGGGCGAGAAAAACUAUGUUAUUUGUUUUGCUGUAUUCUCCGUGCUGAUGAGCUGCGCCCUCAUUACGGCCACCCAGUUUAAUUUCUCGUUCCACCAGGGCAGCAUGGAUAUCCCCCUGCAGCAGAUCGCCUCGCAGAUCAAAGACAAAAUUAAAGAAACUGUCACCGGACGAAGAAAAAUCGACAGAGUCCGUCUGGUCGAGGAGGACGACUUCGAUUACUACACAAAAGACAAGGCCCAUAUAGAGUCGAGCUUUCCGGAAAAAACUCCCCCGGAUAAGCUGCACAUCUCCCUGGACAAACAAAGUGACAUGGUCAGUGAUACUGUCAAUGGACACGCUUCUGGUUCCGGACUUAGGAGGCUCCCCGACACUUUUUGGUGUGGCCUCGGUCUUCAAUCAUAUAUCAGAACUCUUGGCAUAUUUCCUCAGCGUGAAGUUUAUUUCAAAAUUCGUAAGUUAGUUUCUCCUUUACCGUCUUUCCGUUUAUGCAUUUCUUAUUACAAUUUACUUUCACUUUUACUUUCACUUUCACGUUCAUUUCUUUUAUAUCUCUCAUUGGUCCAUUCUUUCUACCCACCUUAUGCCCUUUUUCUUUCUCUGUCUAAAAACUCACUCAGCAUUUUGAUCUCUUUCUUUCUCUUUACAAUUUUCUAA